GAAAAAAAUUCCGACCCUCGUUUCUUCUCCCUUCCUUCUCUCUUUUCUUUCUCCUCAGCAAUUGUCUGACAGACUCGACUCUCAAAGGCUUGAAAAGGCCCUCGAGCUGUCUACCAAUCCCAAAACCACUUCUACCAUUCAAACAUGGCACCCCACACUUCCAGCGAGGAUAACAUGGCCCUCGAGCUGCAAGAUGGCCAUGUCUGCUUCGGUCAGAGCUUUGGAGCAGACAAGAGCAUUGCAGGAGAAUUGGUCUUCCAGACCGGUAUGGUCGGUUAUCCUGAAUCCAUAACCGACCCCUCCUACAGAGGGCAGAUCCUCGUCAUCACUUUCCCUCUCGUCGGCAACUAUGGUGUGCCUUCGAGGGAAGAGCGGGAUGCCCUGCUCAAGGACCUCCCAGCACACUUCGAGUCCGAGCAAAUACACAUCGCAGGUCUCGUGGUGGCCUCCUACUCAAACGAGGACUACUCCCACUACCUCGCCACAUCUUCUCUCGGAACCUGGCUCAAGGAGCAGGGCGUUCCUGCCAUCACUGGUGUUGACACCCGAGCUCUCACCAAGCGUAUCCGAGAGGAAGGAAGCAUGCUUGGUCGUUUGCUUAGGAGGACUGCUCCCGCACCUGCGCCAGUCUCCAAGGCAUUGACCAACGGUGCAGACGACGUUGAGAACGUCGAGGAGACCGUCGAGGAGGACUGGCGACCUCAAUUCGAGCAGAUCGACUGGGUUGAUCCCAACAAGAAGAACUUGGUAGCAGAAGUGUCUAUCAAGGAGCCCAAGAUCUAUUCUCCCGACCCCGCCACUGCUCUCCAGCAUCCUUCCGGUCGCCCUGUCCGCGUCGUCUGUGUUGACGUUGGUCUCAAAUACAACCAAUUGAGAUGUCUCGUCCGAAGGGGCGUCGAAGUCCAGGUCGUGCCCUGGGACUAUGACUUCCCCAAGCUUGCUGGCAAAGAAUACGACGGUCUCUUCAUUUCCAACGGUCCCGGUGACCCUGCCAUGAUGGAAUCCACAGUGAACCACAUCAGGGCAGCUAUGGAUGAGGCUAGAACCCCCAUCUUCGGUAUCUGCUUGGGUCAUCAGCUGCUUGCUAGAGCUGCUGGUGCCGACACCCUCAAGAUGAAGUUUGGUAACCGUGGUCACAACAUCCCGUGUACCAGCUUGAUCUCUGGUCGAUGCCACAUUACCUCUCAAAACCACGGUUACGCGGUCGAUUCCAAGACCCUCCCCAACGGCUGGGAGGAGCUUUUCGUCAACUCCAACGAUGGAAGCAACGAGGGUAUCCGCCACGUGCACCGACCUUACUUCAGUGUCCAAUUCCACCCCGAGCACACUCCCGGACCCCGAGACACUGAGUAUCUGUUCAAUGUCUUCAUUGACACCAUCGUGGACGCUAUCAAGACCCCCGAUGUCCUUUCCAAGCCCGUCAAGUUCCCUGGCGGAACCGCCGAAGAGAACAAGCAGUUGGCUCCUCGCGUUCACGUGAAGAAGGUUCUUGUUCUUGGCAGUGGAGGUUUGAGCAUUGGUCAAGCCGGCGAGUUCGACUACUCCGGUAGUCAAGCCAUCAAGGCCCUGAAGGAGGAGGGCAUAUACACGAUCCUCAUCAACCCCAACAUUGCGACCAUUCAGACUUCCAAGGGUCUUGCUGACAAGGUCUAUUUCUUGCCUGUCACUGCCGACUUUGUCCGCAAGGUCAUCCAAAAGGAGCGUCCCGAUGGUAUCUACGUCACCUUCGGAGGUCAGACCGCUCUGCAGGUCGGAAUCCAGCUCAAGGACGAAUUCGAGGGUCUGGGCGUCAAGGUGCUCGGUACUCCCAUCGAUACGAUCAUCACCACCGAGGAUCGUGAGCUCUUCGCCCGUAGCAUGGAAUCCAUCGGCGAGAAGUGUGCCAAGUCCGCCUCUGCCAACAAUGUGGAGGAAGCUAUGCACGUCGUGAAAGACAUUGGCUUCCCUGUCAUUGUCCGAGCCGCCUAUGCCCUUGGUGGCCUUGGAAGUGGAUUUGCCGACAACGAGGCCCAAUUGCUCGAUCUUUGCAACAAGGCCUUCGCUGCCAGUCCCCAGGUCCUCAUUGAGAGGAGUAUGAAGGGCUGGAAGGAAAUCGAGUACGAAGUUGUCCGAGAUGCACGUGACAACUGCAUCACUGUCUGCAACAUGGAGAACUUUGAUCCACUCGGUAUCCACACGGGAGAUUCCAUUGUUGUCGCACCAUCUCAGACCCUUUCCGAUGAAGACUACAACAUGCUCCGAACUACGGCUGUCAAUGUUAUCCGCCAUCUCGGAGUCGUCGGUGAAUGCAACAUUCAGUACGCCCUUAACCCCUUCUCCCGCGAGUACUGCAUUAUCGAGGUCAAUGCCCGUCUCUCUCGAUCCUCUGCAUUGGCUUCCAAGGCUACUGGUUACCCUCUGGCUUUCGUUGCCGCCAAGCUUGGUUUGGGCAUUCCCUUGAACGAGAUCUCCAACUCGGUGACUCGCGUCACUUGCGCUUGCUUCGAGCCUUCCCUCGACUAUGUCGUCGUCAAGAUUCCCCGCUGGGACUUGAAGAAAUUCCUUCGCGUCUCGACGCUGCUCGGAUCCUCCAUGAAGAGUGUCGGUGAAGUCAUGAGCAUCGGACGAACAUUCGAAGAAGCAAUUCAGAAGGCCAUCCGGGCCAUCGAUGUCAACAACCUUGGAUUUAACGAGACAGCUGCGCUCAUGGGUAUUGACCAGGAGCUCCAGACCCCAUCUGACCAACGUCUGUUCGCUAUUGCCAAUGCCAUGAAGUCUGGCUACAGUGUUGACAAGAUCUGGGAGAUGACCAAGAUCGACAAAUGGUUCCUCAGCCGCCUAAAGGGUCUCAGCAACUUCGAGAAGCAGAUGUCCAACUACAACACUGCAACCAUCACUGCACCUCUGAUCAAGAGGGCCAAGCAGCUCGGUUACUCUGAUCGCCAGCUUGCCAAGUUCUGGGAGACCAACGAGCUUGCUGUCCGCCGAGCCAGGGUUGAUGCUGGUAUCUUCCCUGUAGUCAAGCAGAUCGAUACAGUCGCUGCGGAGUACCCAGCUAAAACCAAUUACCUGUAUUUGACUUACAACGGCACGGAGAAUGAUAUCAACUUCAACGAUCGUGGUGUUAUGGUCUUGGGCUCCGGUGUGUACCGUAUUGGUUCUUCCGUCGAGUUCGAUUGGUGCUCCGUCCGCGCCAUUAGGACUUUGCGCGAGCAGGGUUUCAAGACUGUCAUGGUCAACUACAACCCUGAGACCGUGAGUACCGAUUACGACGAGGCUGAUCGUCUCUACUUCGAGAACAUCAGUCUGGAGACUGUCUUGGACAUCUACUCUUUGGAGAACUCCAGCGGUGUCAUCAUUUCCAUGGGUGGCCAGACUCCAAACAACAUUGCACUACCACUCCACCGAAUGAACGUCAAGAUUCUCGGUACUUCUCCUGAGAUGAUUGACACCGCUGAGAACCGUUACAAAUUCUCUCGUAUGCUUGACCGCAUCUCCGUCGAUCAGCCCGCAUGGAAGGAGCUCACAAGUAUCGAUGAGGCUACGGAGUUCUGCGAGAAGGUCUCCUAUCCCGUGCUCGUCCGUCCUUCCUACGUCCUCUCUGGCGCUGCCAUGAACACAGUCUACUCGCGUGACGACUUGGCCAACUACCUGCAACAAGCAGCCGAUGUCUCCCGGGACCACCCUGUAGUCAUCACCAAGUACAUCGAGAACGCCAAGGAGAUUGAGAUGGACGCUGUCGCUCGCAAUGGACAGAUGAUCGGUCACUUCAUCUCUGAGCAUGUUGAGAACGCUGGUGUUCACUCUGGUGACGCAACCUUGAUCCUCCCUCCCCAGGAUCUCGACCCCGAGACUGUUCGACAGAUCGAGGAUGCCACCCGCAAGAUUGGUAACGCACUGAACAUCACUGGUCCAUACAACAUUCAGUUCAUUGCCAAGGACAAUGAGAUCAAGGUCAUUGAGUGUAACGUUCGAGCCUCCAGGUCUUUCCCCUUCGUCUCCAAGACCAUGGGUGUCGAUCUCAUCGAGAUGGCCACGAAGGCUAUGGCCGGACUUCCCGUCAAUGAAUACCCACCUGUCAAUAUUCCCGCCGAUUACGUCGGUGUCAAGGUGCCUCAGUUCUCCUUCUCUCGUCUCUCCGGCGCCGACCCUGUUCUUGGUGUUGAGAUGGCUUCUACUGGUGAAGUUGCUUGCUUCGGUCGAACGAAGUACGAGGCCUACAUCAAGGGUCUCGUCGCCACUGGUUUCCGUCUGCCAAAGAAGAACAUCUUGCUCUCUAUCGGAUCCUUCAAGGAUAAGCUCGAGAUGCUGCCUUCCAUUGAGCGCCUUCACAAGAUGGGUUACAACCUGUUUGCUACAGCCGGAACUGCGGAUUACAUUCAAGAACACGGUAUUCCCGUUAAGUUCUUGGAAGCCCUUCCGAACGAGGAUCAGGAUGAGCAGAAGCCAGAGUACUCUCUGACCCAGCAUUUGUCUAACAACCUCAUCGACUUGUACAUCAACUUGCCAUCCAGCAACCGUUUCCGACGACCGGCGAACUACAUGAGCAGAGGUUACCGCACUAGGCGUAUGGCUGUUGACUACCAGACUCCUCUGGUCACCAACGUCAAGAACGCUAAGCUCUUGAUUGAGGCUAUCGCCCGACACUACGAUCUGGAGAUCAGCAAGGUCGACUACCAAGAAUUUUUCCCUGCUCCUGGAUCUCGCGAGCAACACUCACAGCUGUCCAACCUCCACGGUUCGCUCUCGCUCAGCCAGCUGUUGGCCAAGUCACCCUUCAAGAGGAAGCACAUUACCUCAGUCGGCCAGUUCACUCGUGCCGAUCUCCAUCUUCUGUUCACAAUCGCCCAGGAGAUGAGACUUGGUGCCCAACGCCAGGGAUGCUUGGACAUCCUCAAGGGCAAGGUUCUCUGCACCAUGUUCUUCGAGCCAUCUACGCGCACAUCCGCUUCUUUCGAUACUGCCAUGAAGCGCUUGGGUGGUGAGGUUGUCGUCGUGAACGAGAAUGUGUCUUCGACCAAGAAGGGCGAGUCGAUUGCUGACACCAUCCGCACCCUCGGCUGCUAUGGCGAUGCCAUCGUCCUCCGUCACCCUGCUGAGGAGUCUAUCGACAUUGCUACGAAGUUCUCGAACGUUCCAGUCCUCAAUGCUGGAAAUGGUAGCCGCGAGCACCCCACUCAGGCUCUCCUCGACAUCUUCACGAUCCGUGAGGAGCUUGGUACCGUCAACGGCCUCACCAUCACCUUCGUUGGUGACCUCAAGUAUGGACGCACGGUGCACUCUCUCUGCGAGCUUCUCAAGCACUACGAUGUCACCAUCCAGCUAGUGUCUCCUGAGUCUCUUCGCAUGCCCGAGUCCGUCACUGAGGCUUUGAAGUCUCGCAACCAAUUGUCGGUCGUCUCGCACGAGCUUACGCCCGAGAUCGUUGCCAAGUCGGACGUUCUGUACUGCACUCGUGUACAGAAGGAGCGCUUCCCCGACGUUGCCAAGUAUGAGGCCGUCAAGGACGCCUUCGUGGUGGACAACCGUGUCAUGAAGGGCGCAAAGGCCAAUAUGAUCGUUAUGCACCCUCUGCCCAGAAACAACGAGAUUCACGAGGAGUUGGACUUUGAUCCUCGUGCAGCAUACUUCAGACAGAUGAGAUACGGAUUGUACACACGUAUGGCGCUGUUGGCGAUGGUUAUGGCUAACUAAGCUCAACGUAAAUACCCUCGGCGUUCAUUUAUUCCUUUGUGUCAACCCAGACUGCGAUUCUAUUUCGGCGUUCAAAGAUCUACAUUGUUGGAAAACAGACCGAAGUGGAACAAAAGCUUUUCAUCAUUCAUUUUUUACAUAUUAGAAAGCGUCGUCAUUUAGCAUAGAGAGGACUGGAGUCAACAGUCCCACCAAAAAGCAUUAGACCGGCGUC